AUGGGUGCAGGCAAUGAGAGACCCUGGAAUGAAGCAGCAAGUGAGUAUCUGGGACAACACUACCCUGAAGCGUACACCAAGGCAUAUUCCCUACCUGAGGGGUACAUUUUAAGCAAUAAAAAUUUCAAUGAGCUGAGGAGCAAGGCCAUCAAAGGUUUGGAAGACGUAAACAUGCCUCUGGAUCAGGUGUCAGUUGUCAAGGUGUUCAGUAUGCUCAAAGAUGCAUUAAAGGAUGCACCCUCUCUCACCCUUGCUGAUUACGCCUUCACAGACACAUUGCUCAAGGGCGUCAAAGAACAGCAAAAGAAGGAAUUCGAGAAGUUGGGGGUACCCAAAGAAUAUUUGGAACCAGGUGACCAUGAUGUAUUUGGAGUAGGAUUGUCUGGUGAGGAAGUCGUGGGAAUCUUUUUUCAAGUCAAAGGAACAAUGAGGGCAAACCGCAAAACAAUCCUGAAAACCCUCGGUAGAGCCAUUCAGCAAGUUCGCAAAGACAUACGUAUUUUCAAGACCGUUUGCGGCGAAUUCUUAGCAUCACAUGUGAAGUUAGCCGGUUUCGCCGCGUUCCCGAUGCUUUCAAAGGCAGAUUUACAAAAUGACAUCAAGUGCGAAGACUGCAGAGCACGAAUCCUCACCUCGGAAGAUUUGGAUGCAACGGACAGUUUCAAAGCAUUUUUGUCUCGCCACAGAAUCGAAUUGAAGAAGCCGUGCUGCCACGGUAUCAUGGAGUCCCCCAUCAUGAAAACCUUCAGGUACAUAUUCGACCUUUACGUUUGUGCUGCAUCAGCCGUGGACCUUCCACGCAGCUUCAAACAGUUGUCCAGGAGGAGCGGAGAACAAAUGGAGAAAAUGAUCGUCAUUCUUACCCCCCAACAAAGGGAAUUAGUGAAGAGCGAUUCGAAAAUGCUUUUCAUUUGCGGAGCACCAGGGACCGGGAAGACAUUCGUGAUCAAGAAACGGGCUCUCCUGUUGGGGGAGACUGGUGAGGUGCUGCUGAUUAAUGUUGCUGGAGGACUCCUCACCACAGAGUUCCAAGAAGAAUUCAGUGGCAACGCGAAUAUCCAGAUCAUCGAUGGGAGGAAGGAAGGCCUGGAGGAGGACCUUAGAGCAUUGAAAAAGUAUAUUUCGAAGGAAGGGAAAGGGAAACAUGUUCUCAUGGAUGAAGUCCCCAUCACGAUAGGAUUCCAGGACAUCAUCACUCCAGAGGCCCUUUCCAAGCACUGGGAAUGGAUCGCGGAUCUGGAAAAUGAUGCGAAGUCAAUCACUGUUUCCUUCAGACCUAAUGAUCAGACUUACACAAGGGAUUUCCCCCUCGAGGACAUGAAGCUGGCCGAAUCAUGUCACAUCACCAUUCUGAAUAGAGUGAAAAGGAACACCCAACGUAUAUCCGGUUUGUUCACGGCCAUUGGAAACUUCUCUAGACGCGUUUUUGUGUCGUCUGAGCGUUCCACGGUGAUGGACGUAGAGGAAUCCAGUGAUGGAUUCCUCCCCCGCUUAUUCACGAUUCUCUCUUGUCAGGCUCUUCAUCGCAAAUGCAAGAACGAGCAGAUCUGUGAGUCUGUGCGGGCCUCGCAUGCCAUUCACGCCAUUCAUGAGCAAUGCUCCCAAUCAACGACGAAUCCUAUCUUCGUUGUGGUUGAUACCGAGACGAGAAAGAACGCUCUUGUGAAUAUAUUUUCAUCCUCGUAUGAUUCCCUUCCUUUUCUUUUUCGUUCUUCCUAUUAUAGCUCUGACGGCUCUGGUGACUCUGACAGAGAGAAAUUCCGUGGGAAGCCAGCCCCAAACGGCUCGAACCACCUUGUUAUUCUCACCGAAAAAGAAGUCAUGGGAUAUCACCCAAAGAACCUUAUGGUGGUAGUAGAUUUCCCGCUUUCGCAGUGGAUGAACUACAAUCGAUUAAUAGCUACCACUGGUCCGGAAAACAAAAUCAUACUUAUUGAGGAUGAAGAGUUGAGGACAGGGAGAUUUUCCCGCAUCACAAAGGAAAUACAAGGAUGGACCAUCGAGGACAGAAUCAUGAUAAUUGACGAAAACCUUCACCAAAGACUUCAGGCAGCAUUUUCAAAAUACGCCGAGGAAUCAAUUCAUCAAAUUAAAAAUAUUGAGGAAUUCCCUCUUCAAGCAUUUCCUGAAAUAGAUAUGUUCCAAGGUGAAAGGAUGGAGGAUGGCAAUGAGGAAGUACAGAAAAUAUUCAUUGGUUCUGAGAAUGAUUCAGAAUAUAUGGUAGGACCUAGGUUGGUAGGCAUAUUCGGUUCCCCAGCGUCGGGAAAAUCCAAAUAUGUGGAUCUGCUGAUCAGACAAAUUACGAAGCGUCAGGUUCAAGUCCUUCUUCUCCAUCCCGAAGACCGGUUGACUUCGCAAUUAUUUCGGAUGCGAUGGAGAAAUAAUCAGAAUCUGGGUAUCGCAUACUUUCCUUCAAAUGAAACCACCUUAACCAAAAAUGAAAUCAAAUCCCCCCAAGACAUCAUCAACCAUGUGAUGAAUGUGAUAGAAACUUGGAGGAAGGAGGGUUCUCCGUUUCUGGGAUCCACAAAUACAUUAAGAUCGAUAAAAAGAAGGGAUGGAAUAAGGAGUAAGGAAGAAGAAAGUCCUAUGGUCGUCAUCGUCGAGGAUUGCCCGUUGUUCGAGGAGUUCGGAGGAUUUAUGAAAGAACUGAAAACGAUUAACAUCAACUUGAUCCUCGCCUUCGAACCUCAUUCGAAAGACGCCAUCUCGGUGGAGGCAGCCGUGAAAUUUAUGGAAGGGAACUGUGAGUGCAGAGCGAUUGUUCUUGGGUCACAGCCUACCAACAAGUCUCUUGUAAAGCAUAUUCAGAAAAAUGAGACACGUAACGCUCUGAAGUUGAAAGCGAAGAGUCUUUCUCUGUCUUCCGAACCAGCUGUCAUUGUCCUUGGCUCAGCGGUUCGAUAUAUCCUCUAUGAAUGCUCAGAGCAACAUUUUGGGUACAAGUGCAAAGGAAGUAAUUAUUGCAUUGAUUGUGUAAGAGUAGCAGCUUCUGUCUCCCUUGUCGCUCCUCCAGAGGCAACAGACGACCAGCUUUACAUCCUGGCUUCAGAUGAAAACCUGCUCGCAUCCUUAGGAACUCUGAAAACCUGGUGUGGUGUCAGAGUGGUACAUCCGAAAGACUUCCGUGGAUGCGAGGCUUCAGCCGUCAUUGCUGUGAAUGUGAGUGACGAGUGGCUGCUAGAAGUGAUCUCCCGCUCCAGGACUCAACUCAUCAUCAUUGACACCCUCUCAGACCAUGAAGAUCUCUGGGAUUCCAUGAGACAAGAACAGCGUGUGGAAGUUCUUAGCGGAAACUUUCCCACGGGCAUAGAAGACAGAAAAGUCCUCCUGACUCUAGAUGAGGAGAAAAAGUUUCUUUGGACGCCAACCUGGGACAAGACGGGGGAAAGGAUUGGAGAGGAGGCAUUGAAGAAAGAGGGUUUCCUCGACCAGAACACUGGAGGAUUAUUUUGUCUCUCUGACGAGCCCGUGGACAAAAUUUUACCCUCACCCCCCUACCUCGACCCGUUCGCCGCAUGGGGGUAUGCGUGGGGGGGAAACCCAGGGGAAGUGUCUCAGAUUGGCGACGGAAAGAGAAUUAUUGAGUUCCUUGGUCUGCGGGGAGUAAAGUGGGAGCCAAUGUACUGGCCCCCAGUGCCAUUAAAGGUUCGAAGUAAAGGGACUGGACUCCUGGAGUCCCUUUCUAUUGUUCUAACUGGGUCGCUGAUGCAUCUUCCUCUCCUCAAGAAGAGACUGAAGGACGAGUAUCACUCCAGUUCACCCGAAUUGAAUGUCUCAGAUGAAACUGGUUCAAUGGAAAAUGGUGGUUUGCAGUUCAGUACAUUGGAAACUCUUCUUCAUCAGAUUCAACUGGCAGCAACUAUUCUCCGGAGACCAAUAGUACUCUUUGGAAAUAAACUAUCUUGCACCUUUCUCCCUGAAGAUACCAAUGAAGAAAAGAACUUGUGUUGUGUCCUCUUCAUUGCUAGAGACAACCUUCAGCCCAACUCUUUUGAGAAUCCUCAGCUCAUCUCCAUCAUCCCUAUUGUGCCUCAUUGGAGGGGUGGAGACGUGUGGAUGGGAGUGGAGAAGCUGCCCCCGGUAUAUGGAAAUGGCCAGUUACCCUCUACAUUUACAAAAAUCUUAUUCCGAGGGAAGGCGAACGUGGGCCAACGGCGUCAUCUGCGCUUUGGAGAAGUUUUGACGAACGUGGGUCAGCGGCGUCAUCUGCGCUUUGGAGAAUUUUCGGUAAGCCCGAAGUUCGCCGUCCGCACACCGCUCGAGACACCGCUCCGACGUCAUGGCAUCAAUCUCUUUAUGUUCCAGGAAAACUCAGCCGAGGGGAAAGACUUCAGCUCAUUCAUUCCUUUGAGAGACUUGACCAAGCGGAGGCCUCUUCGCUUUUCAGAAGUUUUGGUAAGUCCGACUAUUGUACCCCGAGUACGCGCAUCGGGCGUCAUUUUCGGCUCUGUCGUGAUGCCAUCAACCCUCCUCUCUUUUGCCUCAGACAAACUCGAGGCGGAGGGGAGACAUCAGCUCAUUGCUUCAUUUGACAAACUCGACCCGGAGGAGAGACGUCAGCUCAUUCAUUCGUUUAACAAACUCGAUCCAGAGGAGAGAAGUAAUCUGAUUGAUUCCUUUGACAAACCCGACGUGGAGGAGAGGCAUCAGCUCCCUGCUCCCGUUUACAACCUGGACCUGGAGGAAAGCCAUCAGUUCAUUGACUGCUUCGAUAAUCUUGAUUCUGAGGAGAGACGUGUGCUUCUUAAACUUACUGGUCAUAUCGCACUGGAGAUGAAACGUCCACACAUUGAUUUCUUUGACAAACUCGACCGGGAGGAGAAACGUAUGGUUAUUUUUCUUCUUGACGAACUCCAACCGAAGGAGAUGCGUCGGCACAUUUAUAACCUUGACAAGCGCGUCCUGGAGGAGAGACGUCAUCCCCCUGCUCCCACUGGAAAUCGACGGUCCAAUGACGCUUGGAAUCUUUUGAAAAUUUUUGAAAAACUUGACCUGGAGGAUAGACGUCAGCUGGUUGAUUUCUUCGACAAACUCCACCGGGAGGAGAGAUUUCAUCUCAUUGAUUCCUUAGACAAACUCGACUUGGAGGAGAGACGUACUCUGAAUGAUUCCAUUGACAAACUCGACCCGGAAGAGAGACGACCGCUAAUUGAUUCCAUUGGUAAGUACGACUUUCAUUUCCCCGUCCGCCCCUCGAGGGAAUUUCCUGGCUCCCUCGUGAUGCCAUCAAAUAUCCUUGACAGGAGAUUCAAAAACGAGGAUACCCGCAGAAUUACCUAA